UUUUGUAAGACGAUGGUUUAGAGAUACGUACAUACCAAAUAGUUUGAACCCGGGACAGCUUGAAAUUUGAAGUCCCAAGACUCCACGAAUACUUGAUCUGAUUUUUGUAAGGCAACAAACCACUCUAGAGUGGUGUCCGACGUGGCUACAAUUUUUUACUAGAUAGUAUCUGACGUGGCUAAAACAUUUGAAUUCAUUGGUUCACAGCAACUUAUCAAAGUGAUGAUAGCAGGUAAAACACAUUUAUUCCACCUCCCUCGAUAACAAAUGCGCCACUUGUAACGCCGUCGGAACCCCUAGCUUUCCUCUCUUUGAUUUCGUGUUAUACAGCGAACGCCGAUUUAAUGAUAAUGGUAGAGAGAUCUUCGAUGGACAUGUUUGUAUAUUCCCUAGUAGCCAAAUAAGUCUUUAGAAUUUGCAAUGGGGGAAACUUGGUUUUUGUUUUCAAGAUCACAAGUCUUUUGAUUCUAGGGAAUGAGUUAGGGUACCUUCCUUAAUACUAAAAAUGGUGAUUGGUGUUGUGCAGGAGGAAUUAGAGUUACAGCUUUUAAAGGAAAAUCCACGAAACCAUCUUGAUAUGAGAAACCGACUAAAUUCGAAAGGCCAGCGUGAAGGGAAGGUUAUUGACUACAGAAUAAGCGACCUGAGGGUGGUUGAUUUGUUGGACGGGCUGUGUGAUAGAAUGCAGGACUAUACUUUACAAAAGGUGGAAUCAAUGAACAGUCAAUGGGUGAAAGUCGGAAAUUUUGACAAUCUAACAAAUAAACAGGAAGCUAAAGCGCAUGCAAAUGACAUAUCAACUUAUUGUGGAAGAUUGCUGGAAGAAACUGAAGACGAGGUAAACUUGCGGGUAGCCUUUCUCUUUAUUGAUGAUUAGAGUUUGAUCAAAUAUAGUUGAUGUU